GGUAAAAACAGGCAUUAUAGUUGACUAAUGUCAUCAUCAUCUUAGUUGAUGCCUCGCGUGCCAACAUGAGGGACAAAGAGGAAGCAUACCAUUAGAAGGCGGAUCUAGGAAUGUGAUCAACCAAAUUCUCGCAGCUCGGGUCCAGCGGACUUACCGGGUAGCUCAGACCUAGGAGCAUGGCGGAAGGGGCCUUCGUGGAGGGCGACCAGGCGCCCAGGGACAAGGACCCCGAGGAGGACCUGCAGGAGCGAGUUCCGUCGCGGCUCGUCGAAGAACACGGCGACGAUGCGCUUCGGCAGCCGCCGCACGCGGAGGUCGAGUCCGCCACGCUGUGCCUGCAGCCUUUCCAGGAGGCGGCGCUCGACGAGGGCCACAUGGUCAGGGAGCUGCUGAAGAAGGGCCGCCUCAAGAACCCAACGCUGACCGAGAAGGGGGCGCCACUGCUGCUGGAGGACAGGCGCCUGUCCGUGCUCCUGGAAGCAACGCAAAACGUCGCGCUGCGCUACCAGCUGCGCGGCAAGGUCCAGCAGCAGCCGCUGUCCCCGGAGCUGAAGUCGCAGGAUGUACCUGGAACACCUGUCGCGGUCAUCGCCGACUCUCACGACACGGGCCACCUCGAGGAGAAGGUGCACGGCGUUCCGGGGUCUACCGCGCGGCAGGCCGACUCCUCUUGCUCUGGCCUGCCGACCGACAGUGCCGUCACCGACGAGAAUGUCCGGAAGUCCCCUCCACAAGCGGCUGCUACGAAGAGCGCGCUGACCUAUUCGCCGUCGCAGAUGGACGCCAGACGUGUAAAGUCGCAGCUAGCCCAGUUGACCCUGGAGAAGCCGAGCCAGUUGCGCGCCGGCGACGAAGUCUGUAGCAAGCUCUCGAAGAUUACGCAGCUCGUCACCGGCGGCUGCUGCGCCGAGCCGGCCACCGUUCCGCGACUUCAUGAACGCGACCCGCUGUCGUCGGCGUCGCGACUCGAGCAAGAAGCCCCCGUCGACCCGUCAAGCGAGGGGCCAUCCGACGACCGCAUCCGGGACAUGCCCGUGCUCGAGGUCCUGGACAAGUGCGACCUGGUGGAGCUGUCCACGGGCACUAAAAGGGCGCGCCGUCGAACGCGGCGCUACUGCGGGACCGACGCGGAAGUCGCCGCCGACGCCGGCUCGUGCAGCAGCGACAGCGAGCGCAGCCUGGUCAAGCUGGACUUUUCUACAUUGCCGACAGAGGCGAGCGAGAUGGUGGCCGACCGGCGAUGUGGCGCGGAGGUCUGCGACGAGCCAACCCGCGCCGAGAAGUCGUCGACGUCGACGUCGUCGUGGUACUCGUUCGACGCACCGUCUGCGGCCUCUCGCCAGUCGUCUGCCGUUCGAGCUGCGGCGUCGGCCAGCGAGUCCGCCGGCAGCUGGGCGGCUCGUCGGCAAGGAUCUCCGGCGUCCCCGGAUGUGCCCAGAGAGCGCUUGAAAGCGUCGUCCCUGAUUCGCUUCUUUGAGGGCAUAAAUUAAAGCCGCACUACCUUUC